AUGGACGUCUAUGGCUCCUCAGACUUACUUCGAAUCGACGACCUUCUCGAUUUCUCCAACGAAGACAUCUUCUCCGCCUCUUCCUCCACUUCCACCGCCGCUACUUCCUCCUCCUCUUUCCCUCCUCCUCAAAACCCUAGCUACCACCACCACCACCACCACCACCAUCUCCCUUCCUCCGCCGAUCAUUCCUUCCUCCACGACAUUUGCGUUCCCCAGAGUGAGGACGCUGCUCACUUGGAGUGGCUUUCACAAUUCGUCGACGACUCCUUCGCUGACUUUCCGGCGAAUCCGUUGGGAGGAACUAUGACGUCAGUCAAAACUGAGCCCACGUCAUUUCCCGGGAAGCCAAGAAGCAAACGAUCGAGAGCUCCAGCUGCUUUCGCCGGAACAUGGGCACCGAUGACGGAAUCCGACCAGCAGAUUCAGGUCGCCGGGAAACUCAAGCCGAAGAAAGAACAAUCCGGAGGAGGAGGAGGAAGAUAUCAUCAUCAAUCUCCGGCGGAAACUGUGGAAGGAGGGUUGAGGAGAUGCACUCACUGUGCAUCGGAGAAGACGCCGCAAUGGAGGACGGGACCACUCGGACCGAAGACGCUCUGCAACGCGUGCGGAGUCCGGUUUAAAUCCGGUAGACUCGUACCGGAAUACAGACCGGCGUCGAGUCCGACUUUUGUGUUGACUCAGCAUUCGAAUUCUCACCGGAAAGUGAUGGAGCUUCGACGCCAGAAAGAGGUUAUGAGACAACCGCAACAAGUCCAGCUUCACCACCAUCACCACCACCAUUCUCAGUUUUAG